AUGUUUAACGAAGAUGAAUCUCACUUGCGCCAUAGACAAUUCGGGACAUCCUUAACGUAUCCGAUUAAAUUAUUUACAUUUCGAGUGACAAGUCUCACGGACCCAGACGAUUUUAACCCUGAACGUGCCCAAGAAUUAUUAACUGCAUUCGGUUUACCAAGCCAUCCAGCACCCCCACGGCAGCAUUCAACACUACAUUUUGAUAUUCGAAUCACGCCGCUGAACAGCUACGGGCGACGGGGCAGCGAUUGGCAAAUCACGCACGCCGCCGCCGUGGCCGCGUAA